AGGCCCGGUAGAGGAACUGGAUGGUUUGAAGCCCCGGUUUAGUUUACGUUGAAAGGAGAAGACAAGACAGGCGUCGGCACGCGCAGAUUUACCGUUUUAACGGCAGUGAAGCAGGGCAGCGAGAGAGGAAGGGCGUCCUGUCCUGUACGCGAGUCUGCUGGUAGACAUGAUGCUAUGACCAGGGCUGGAACGGAGGCUCGGGCGCAGACACGCAUCACUACCGGCCCCGCGAGACAGACCCACCCGCCUAACAGCCUGGCGGGAGAGACAGGGGUUGUGGUAGAGCCGAGUGUGUGUCUAGAUGGCCCCGCGGCCAUCUUCAGGGGAGCUAUGGGGCCUUCACCUCAUGCCCCCUAGGAUCCUGGUGGACUGCUGUCUGCCCAAUGGCAUGCUGGUUAGUCUGGAGUGUCUCAGAGAGGCGCCGCUCACAAGCAUCAAACAACAGCUGUUCACCGAGGCCCGGAAAUACCCCCUGUACCACCUACUACAGGAGGAGUCGUGUUACAUCUUUGUGGGCGUGACCCAGGAGGCGGAGACAGACACACACCCCAUCCUCAACAACCGAGAGGAAAAGAUCCUCAACAGACAAUCAGGUUUUGCCAUAGGCAUGCCCAUCUGUGAGUUUGAGCAGCUGAAGGACCCUGAGGUUCAGGACUUCAGAAGGAGCAUACUGGGCGUGUGCAGAGAGGCUAUGGAGGAGAGGGAAGGAGGCGGGGCUGAGACACAGGCCCUCUAUGUCUAUCCCCCCAACGUGGAGUCAGCCCCGGAGCUGCCACAACACAUCUUCUGCAAACUGGACAAGGGUCGCCUGAUAGUCACUAUCUGGGUGAUUGUCUCUCCCUCCAACUCUAAACAGAAGUACACCCUAAAGAUCAGCCAUGACAGUCUGCCUGAGCAACUUAUAGCAGAGGCCAUCAGGAAGAAGACUAGGUCUAUGCACCUGUCGGCCCAGCAGCUGAGGCUGUGUGUCCAGGAAUACCAGGGGCAGUACAUCCUGAAGGUCUGUGGAUGUGAUGAAUACCUGCUGGAGAAAUACCCCCUCAGUCAGUACAAGUAUAUCCGUAGCUGUAUAACGGUUGGCCGCCUGCCCCACCUGAUGUUAGUGUCAAAGGACAGUCUGUACAGCCAGCUCCCAGGCAGUGGGUUUGUAGCUCCCUCCUACAGUCGGCGGACCCCCCAGCCCAGCCCUUGUCCUGGGGGAGGAGAUCCCAGCUCACCCCGUUCCCUCUGGGCCUUCAACACCCUGCUGAGGGUCCGCCUGCUCUGUGCUACAUAUGUCAACGUUAACAUCAGAGACAUUGACAAGAUAUAUGUUAGAACUGGUAUCUAUCAUGGAGGAGAGCCGCUGUGUGACAACGUCAACACCCAGAGAGUACCCUGCUCCAACCCCAGGUGGAAUGAGUGGCUGUCCUAUGACAUCUACAUGACGGACCUCCCUCACUCCGCCAGACUCUGUCUCUCCAUCUGCAGCGUCAAGGGACGCAAGGGAGCCAAAGAGGAGCACUGCCCGCUGGCGUGGGGCAACGUGAACUUGUUUGACUACAAGGACACGUUAGUGUGUGGAAAAGUAGCGCUCAGCCUGUGGCCAGUUCCUCACGGUUUAGAGGACCUGCUCAAUCCUAUAGGAGUGGCCGGAUCCAACCCUAACAAGGAAACUCCAUGUGUUGAACUAGAGUUCUCAUGGUUCAACCAGGUGGUCCUGUUUCCUGAUGAACAGCAGAUAGAGGAACACGCCAACUGGACCAUCUCUAGAGAACUGGGCUACAACUACAGUCUAGGACUGAGUAGCAGGCUGGCGUGUGACAGUAGUGUGUCAGCGGCAGAUGGUGAGCAGCUCAGGUCUCUCUGUAGCAGAGAUCCUCUCUAUGAGCUGUCUGAACAGGAGAAGGACUUUCUCUGGAGACACAGACAUUACUGUGUGAACAUUCCAGAGUCUCUUCCUAAGCUGCUGCUGUCAGUCAAAUGGAACUCUAGAGAUGAGUGGUCACAGAUGUACUGUUUAUUGCGUGACUGGCCCCUGAUGCAACCAGAGAGUGCCCUGGAGCUCUUGGACUGUAACUUUCCUGACCCCAUGGUUCGAGAGUUCGCCCUGCGUUGCCUCGUACAGGGCCUCACUGACGACAAGCUCAGCCAGUACCUUCUGCAGCUAGUACAGGUGUUGAAGUAUGAGAUGUACCUGGACAACCCUCUGGCCAGGUUCCUCAUUAAGAAGGCUCUGACCAACCAGAGGAUAGGACAUUUCUUCUUCUGGCAUCUCAAGUCAGAGAUGCACAAUAAGACUGUGUCCAGGAGGUUUGGUCUGCUGUUGGAAGCCUUCUGUAGAGCCUGUGGGAUGUACCUCAAACAUCUCAACAGACAGGUGGAAGCGAUGGAUAAACUGGUGAACCUCACAGACACACUGAAACAGGAGAAGAAAGAUGAGACACAGAAGACCCAGAUGAAGUUCCUGGUAGAACACAUGUCGAGGCCAGACUACAUGGAGUCUCUACAAGGCUUCGUCUCUCCACUGAACCCUGUUCACCAGCUAGGAAACCUCAGGUUAGAAGAGUGUAGGAUCAUGUCUUCAGCAAAGCGUCCUCUGUGGCUGAACUGGGAUAACCCUGACAUCAUGAGUGAACUACUGUUUACUAACAACGAGGUCAUCUUCAAGAACGGAGAUGAUCUACGCCAGGACAUGUUGACUCUGCAGAUAAUUAAAAUAAUGGAGAAUAUCUGGCAGAACCAGGGAUUAGACCUAAGGAUGUUACCGUAUGGCUGUCUGUCUAUAGGGGACUGUGUGGGGCUGAUAGAGGUUGUGAAGAACAGCUACACCAUCAUGCAGAUCCAGUGUAAAGGAGGCCUGAAGGGGGCGCUGCAGUUCAACAGCCACACACUGCACCACUGGAUCAAGGACAAGAACAGAGGAGAGGGGUAUGACCGAGCGAUUGACCUGUUCACCAGGUCCUGUGCAGGGUACUGCGUAGCCACCUUCAUCCUGGGUAUUGGAGACAGACACAACUCCAACAUCAUGGUUAAGGAGAACGGACAGCUGUUCCAUAUAGACUUUGGCCACUUCCUGGAUCAUAAGAAGAAGAAGUUUGGCUAUAAGAGAGAGAGAGUUCCCUUCGUUCUGACACAGGACUUCCUGAUUGUCAUCAGUAAGGGAGUCCAGGAGUGUACCAAGACCAAAGAGUUUGAGAGGUUCCAGGAGAUGUGUUACAAGGCGUACCUAUCCAUCCGACAGCAUGCCUCUCUGUUCAUCAACCUGUUCUCCCUGUUGCUGGGCUGUGGCAUGCCUGAACUACAGUCCUUUGAUGACAUUGCUUACCUGAGGAAGACCCUCGCCCUGGAGAAGAGCCAACAGGAGGCUCUGGAGUACUUCACCAAGCAAAUGAACGAUGCUCACCAUGGAGGAUGGACCACUAAGAUGGACUGGAUCUUCCACACCAUCAGACACAUGCCCAACGAACACUGACCCCCCC